GUUUUACAGCUUCAGUUUUCUAUAUUUAGUGGGUUAUAUAGUGGAGGCAAUAAGUUGAGGCUAACUUUUUUUGCUUGUUUUAGUUAAACCUGCUUGGAGUUUCAAAGAUGAAAUUAGUAGGAAAUGGGUUUUUUUUUCUAUUUUUGUGUUACUUUUGUGGAAAAUACCUGUCUGCAGUUGCUGACUUCAUAUGUUUUCUGAGAGCAUCGAUGAUACGGAUCUUAAAAUAUGGACCAUCUUAAGAUGAGGAGUUAAUAUGUUAUGGAGAGCUUAGGUGGUUACUUCUUGGUCUGCCUGGUAGUAAUCACUGCGUGGCUUAAUUUAGACCCACUCUGGUCCUUAUGUAAGUAUAAUCCCCACAAAAAUCAGUUUUAUCCAGUAGAAGAGUCCUGUGGCAACGCUGAGGAUAAUUAAUAAUCUAACAGUUUAAUUGUGGUAAUGACUGAUUUCAGGGAGAUUAUACUGCUGUUGUAUAUUGUUUGUGGUUUAUACAAGCAAUGCCAAUUAACUUCAAGAAUGAGAUCCAUUUAACAACAGUAUUUUCCAGGAGCAAACGUUAUUUACCAGCUAAUGCAAGAGAUGCUAUUUCAUGGAAAUGCGUUCUGUGCAUGUUUAUAGCUGAUGAAGCACUUCCUACACUUCCCUGUAUUUCUUUCAGAAAUACAACCUUCUUUUGGCUCAUCCAUACCUGAGUGGCUCCAUAGGUUAGUGGUGGCUGCCUGCCUUCACCAUGGAUUGAGAAGAAGCUGCAGGUCCAUUUUAGAUGUUUGUACCUGUUCCCAGAUUGAAGGAUAUGCUUGCAGGAGAUGAGGAUCAUUAGCAGGAACUGAGUUGCUGUUGACCUUUGGUGUGCUGUGACUUGCUGUGAAGUCUGUUGCGAUCUCCUAGUUUGAAGAAAAACUGACCUAAUUCUCUUCCCAGAAACUGAGGGUGGCAGCGCUACUAUUUCUGCUAGAUUCAGUAUGAACUUUUACCAGUGUCAAAGCACCCCGCAGAAGUGGCCUGUCUUCAGCUGAGUCCCUGAACAUCUGCAUGCUAUGGGACCUCAACUGCAGCAGGACUUCUUUUCUGUCAAGAUGAAUUCAAGGAACUUGACUGUAACAGAACACUUAAGCUUUGAAUUAAUCAGCCAGGUUCCCUCCUCUGUCUAGGAAAAGUCAUUUGCCUUGUAUUUCAUAUGAAUGUGUUUUUCACCAGCAGAGUAUUGCAGGGAGAUGUUUGGUAACUUCUGCAUUUGGCCAUUUAUUUCUACUUAUGUGUUAUUCUCUCAGCCUUGCUGGGGCAGCAGUUUUUGCAGCAAGAUGAAGAAACAAACUGGUCAGUGACGUUGAGUUAUGUUUAGUCAGCAGUAGAGCUGAAAACCAGCCAGUGAGGGAGGUAUACUUAACUAGUAAAGGAGCUGCGGGGCUUAUGCGUGCAGAGUAAUGAGCAAGCACAGAGAGGGUUGUGUGGGAGCCAAUUAAACUGGCAUGACUCAGCCAUUGGAAAUGUCCACGUGAAGAAGAAGAGCCACCAAGCCAGCAGGUUUUUUGUCCUUUCUUCCUUCCCUCUGCGUUUUUAAGCAGUGAGUUUUUCAAGGACACUGUUCCUUGUAUGCCUUUGCAAUUUUUAAUUUUUUUUUUAAUUAAGUUUGUGUUUCUAACCCAAUUUUUAACAGUGGUGCCCACUGCCCUGCUCCUUCGUAUACAUGUGCCUGUAUACAAAGCCUUGUGAAUGUCAAAACAGCUUGUCCCUGGAUCUGUCAUGCUAUUUUAUAAUGAAUACAGCUGGGGUGUUUUACCUUACAGAUCACUUGCAAACAAAGACCCAUGUUGGCUUUUCCCUUCUGUUUUAGUUACAAAUGAACACUCAUUUUCUGACGAGGUUGAAAGUCAAAGACUCCUUAAUCUAAUACAGAAAUAUAUCUUUAAUUAUGUCAUAAUCUUUUUCUUUCUUUCUUCCUUUUAAAAAAAUAGAGGCAUAUGUGAUUGCUAACUGUAAAGAUAUUAACCUUGUGUGCUAGUUCAGUCAGCUUUUCCCAAGAUGUAUCAAAGAGAUCAGGCAUAUCAAGUAAAAUAGGAUGACUCUGAGCUGAGUCCUCAGGAUGUGAAACAUAAUCUUACUAUUUUUCUUCAAAGUUAUUGUACUUCAAUCAUCUUCUGCAGAGCCUCCUGUGUGGUUCACUUUAUUUCUAAAAACCAGGCUUCAAGGAAAGCUGUUGGCCUGGUUCCUCGGAGUCAGCUGAAUACACCUGAAUUUCCUGGGAGUGGUGGAUUUACUUACUCUUUAAAAUGAGACUUGAAAACAGAAUUUUCCUAUGUAUCAUCCUGGGAAAGUUGCCCACUAAAUAGUUCAUCUUACAGCUGUGCAAGCACCUUCUAUUUUUGAGCUGAAUGGUCAUUCCUUUAAAAUUCACUGGGUUUGCUGAGUGCACCUCCAUGACUUUCUCAACACUGACAGCUAUCAAAGCCAGGGCAUCAGUAUUUGCUCUCUGAGUUGUCAAAAGCUAUUUCAGCAAGGUCAGAAAAUGUGAGAAAAAGGCUGGCAGAUCUGCAUCCACCACUGAUGGCCACCGCUACAUGAACAGCAUUAGUGGGAGAAAUUUUUUGAUGUGGAGAGUAGAAGUAAAAUGCCCAUACUAGAAAGGAAGCCACACCUUGUGAAACUAUAAAAGUAACUUAAAAUAAUGCAGAAUAGCAAUUUUAUUGGGGAAGUGACUUACUUUACUAUCAUAGUAGUGGUGUUACCACCCCCCUGAUGCCUUAAGGUUAGCUUGGGUGCUUGACAUGCAAAUUCUACCAAGCAAAUCAAGUUGGUUACUGAUUCACACGUACUUAAACAGGCAAAGUGGGAGGUAAGGACUGCUUAUCCUCUCUAAGUGAAGUUAGGGUCUGUUUGCACUGUCAUUGCUUAGCUUUUGCUUAAGCAUUUGCUUAACUGGAUCAAUACAACCCUUUGUAUAUGAGAAGGAUUCUCAAAUACCUAGAAGGAUUACUCUUUUUGAGGAUAAGUCUUUCUUCCUGUGUCACCAGCACCCAGAAAGUUUGAAAACAAACUCAUCUGUAAAACUGAAACUACACUGAUUUUUUAAAUAGUGGCAUGUUUUUAGGAUAGCCCCAUCCUUGAACUCUGUCAGUUAUAGCACCAUAUCCCACUAUCCCCUUUCCAUCCUACCUCUUAAGGUCACUGUUCAUGGGUCACAUCUGUGUCCAGUCAGACAUUUCUGCCAGUACUUUCAUGUUUCUGCAGUUGAUGUGUCAGCCUUCACCUAGAUCUGUGCUCCCUCCUCAACCACACAUGCACAUAUCCGUGUGUUUGUUUAUGGAAACACCUAUGGUUUGGUUGGCCAUCUGGCAUGACAGCAUUCCCUGGGAGAUAUAAACCCCCCUGUAGCUACAAAGCACUGUGGGCAGCUGGCUGAACUGGCUCCAUUUGGCAUGUUUCAGCACUGGGGCUGGCACUGCAAUAGUGCAGAGCCAGAGGAUAUGAGGCUCACUCACGCUUAGUUGAUAGUCUAACAUGUAAUUCGUGUUUUUCAGUCUCCUUUCUCUAGGAAAGAAAAAUUAUUUUCGUCCAACCACUGGCUCUUCAGCCUUCCUGUAGUUGAAAAUUGUAUUAUGGAAUUGUAUUUUGUACCUUCUCUUUUAAAAGCUCUUUUAAAAUAAAACUUAGCUUUAUGUUAUGGCAUCUUUUAGGCGUUCUGUAGGUAAGUCCUUGAUUCUAUGUAAGAAAUGUAAGAAAAUACUGUGACAGGCUGAUAAUUUGAACAACCAUGUAAGAAUCAAUAGCAGAUGGAGAGGAGAAAGGAAAGAUGACCUGAGGAGACCCAUCAAUAUUUCUUAGGGAGACUCUGGAAAUGGGUUAGAGAAUCAAGAAGGUACAGGAUGCCCCAGAAAACCUUGCCACAGCAAGCACUGCAAGGGAAGACAGUUAUGCAGAGGAACAGAAAGCAAAAGAGUGGCUGAGUUCAGGAGUAAGGUCCCUGAAGCAGUCUAGAAUAGUACAGCAGUGAAGUCUGAAAACAGUACCUGUUUUGAAAAAGGAUCCUGAAGCCAACCUUGGAGUUAGUUGAAGAUAAUAGGGAUAUAGUCUCCCAUUUCUCUGCUUGAUAAUACUGAGAGUAACAUUCCGCAUGACGCUCUACUGUAAUUAAAUCAGAAGGAUUUUAGAAAACAUACUCAAGCACAUUUCCUGGGUUUUACCAGCCCAUUUUCACCAACAUUCAUUUAGCAGUUAUUCCAGUUAAAAGGGAUAUGUUUAGUAAACCACCGUCUGUAAGUUCCCAGAACAUCCACUUCCUUGGAAAGGGAAAGUAUUGGCCUUAAAAAAUCGCUGUGGUUUGGUAAUCUCUUAAGACCUGCACAGUUGCCUGAAAGCAGCUUUGGCGCUCUCUGGGGAAACAGUGGGAAAAAUGUGGGGAGGGUUAGAAAAAAUUGCAUCUCACAAGCAAAGAGAGGGCUCUUUACAAGGAAAAGUGAAAUUUUAAUUCAGAUCUUCCUGUACCAAACAUCCUGUUGUCAAAGUUGAAGUGACAGUCAGCCUUGGAAGAAAUCGCUCGUGCUCUCCAGUUUCGCUGUGCAUGUUCUCAGCAAACAAUACACCAUGUUCUAGGCCAAAGACAAAGAACACAACCCAUGGGAUGCUGCAAUACCUGACAGGAAAUCUCUGACUCCAGCCAGCAUCUGAGAACCUCUCCACAGACCAAUGGAAGGGCUCCAGUACAACUCUGUUGCAAAUAACAGUUGCAGAGCUCUUGAAUGAGUUAGAGUAGGAAUGUGACGCUACAUCUCUAUAUACCAUCAGACAGCGAUCGUAAUAUAUUGAUUUAAAGAGGAUGUUGGAAAGCUUGGAAGAUUAAGCAAACAGAGGCAAGAAUGAUUCAUGGUAUGGAAAAACCUGACUCGCAGAGAGCAGUAACAGGUUCAUUCCACUUAUUUUACCAAAUAUAAGGUUAAAGAUUAUAUAGGUUUUGGCUAUAAUUACCAGUGCAGUGAUGGCUUGUCUAACAUUUCAGCAGUUCCUAAUUUGGCUGUAGUGAUAUGAACCACUGCAUUGCAAACCCUGACCCUUUCCUAAAGUCCUGGCCUGGUGCUCGGGGAAGGGCGGAUCCAUGAAUUUUGUCUGCACCCUCGGUAAUAGAAGAGCCAUAAUAUUGACUCUGGAAAUUUAAGGGAGAUCAGCUUUAAUAUUUCUCAGUGUCUCUCUGCUGACAAAUGAGAAGAGAAAGACAUCUCAGUAACUGUACUCAGCAUCUGUUUGGAAAGAGGCGGUUUUGGUGAGCACUUGUGUUCAGAACUGAUCUUAAAGCACAGUAGACUGAAGACACUUUUAUUAGUUUUGAAGAAGCAAUCUGAAAGGAGGUGAGUUUUCUAGAGCUAUUUUUGCUCCAUAAACCUCAGGAUAAGCUUGCUUCCCCAGAGCUGCUGGUAGCAGGAAAUAGCAUUAUACUUUCUACCUCCUGAGAAGUAAUCUCUGUACUGCAUGUGCUUCCCUGCUAUGCUAAUCAAAACAGAUUGAGUGGUGGAAGAUUUUUCCUCCAUAAGGAAUUACGCAGAAAUGUUCUGCCAGAACACUCCAGCAGAAAUUACUUUUGUCUGAAACCAUUAGGAAACAGAAAGUCUCAACUUUCAGUUCUUCUGUCUGUUUAAUAUAUGGGAGAUAGCUAAGUAAUGCUGGUGUAUCCUUGCGUAGAGCCUCAUCCUGCUGUGAUAUUCACUGCAGUGGGAGAGGGUGGGAGCAUGUUUCUGCGCACGGUUCAGGUAUGUGCAUGGUGCAAUAACAGCUGCCCCAGGACACUGUGUUAUCCUGCCAUUAUUGCAGUGCCAGCUUCAAUCAUGAAGGCCCAGGUGUUCAGGGAAAAGGCAAGAUAUACCAGCCACACUUUCCUGUAAGAAGGGGAUUCCAACUGAUGAAAUAAUUUUGGAGAAAAACUAAUAGCCAGGGUACAUUUGAAUACAGCAUUUACCCUACAGGUCAAGAUCCCUUACUCUGCCACAUUACAGGAGACAUUUUCCCACCGCUGUGACAGUGUAUGUGGGCUUUACUCAGUCUAAACUCUGAGGAAGGGGUAGCAAUUCCACAACGAAAAAUGUCCACAAUUAAGGGGAAAUUAUGGAGUAAUUUUGCUAUCUUCAAACAGCCUUGGCUUUUGCUGGAGGGAAACAACAUUUCUCCGACACGCAGAAGUUUCUGCAGACUUUUCAGCGCCCUGUUCUUGCUUACCCUCCCACCGCUCCCUUAUUUGUGUAAGUCACAGAAGCUCUGGGCUGCAGGACCAGCUGCAGCAUGGUCUGGAAGUGGCUGUAACCAUCACACUUCGCAGUGCUCUGAAGCACAGCAGCAAAGGCCACAUAUCUUCCUGCAGACCUGGGCUGCCAAACUGGUGGCCCAAGGAGAGUGAGUGAGUCAUCAUGCUGCUGUGGAGUAAUGUAUGUUGCCCAUGUGUUGGAUGCAUUGGCUGGCAGGGGGCCCAGGAUAAGCUGCAGGGACCUCUGCUUCUUUUCUCUCCCAUUUGGCACAGGCAGGGUGAGGAAGUGCUCGUGGGCGCCAAAUUGAAGAAAAAGAUAAGCAAAAAGAUAAGGAGCCAUGCAAGGGUGGAACUUUUUCGGAAGCAAUGGUGGUAAAGCAAGAAGUGUUUAGUGGUCACUUCAGGCUUCACUUCCCAGACCUUUAUUCUCAUAAGCAAAGUUUAUUCUUUCACAUGAUGGACUCUGUUAACCAUACACGCACAGCGUCCUUGUAUAAUUAACCUGAACCUUCGACUUUUAAUGCUCCGCAGAGUACCUUGCAAACCCCUUUCUGCUGAGAAAGAUCCAUGAAACUUGGUGAUGGAGCAGAACAACAGCAAUGUAGAGGAUUUCUCCCUGAAUGUGUUUUCUGUCACUCCUUACCCGCCAAGCCGGUCUGAUGCCCUGGUGUCAGAUGGGGACAAAGCCGGUGCCACUCUGCUUUUCUCAGGUGUGUUCUUGGGACUGGUGGGGAUCACAUUCACCGUGAUGGGCUGGAUAAAGUAUGACGGCCUUACUCACCUGGAAUGGACUCAGUUACUAGGGCCUAUCCUGCUUUCCGUCGGGGUAACUUUCAUCCUGAUUGCUGUUUGCAAAUUUAACAUGCUUACGUGCAAGCCCUGCAAAGAAAGAGAGGAGAACAUGUUAGACAUCGACCAGAGUGCAAGCGGACAGUCCUUCGUGUUCACCGGAAUCAACCAGCCCAUUACUUUCCAUGGUGCCACCGUGGUGCAGUACAUCCCCCCGCCUUACCCAGCGCAGGAUGGCACGGCCACCAGCCCUGGCUACCUGCACCCCGUGCUCAGCUGCUGCGGGGCCGUCUCCCCUGGUGUCUCGCCCAUCCCCAGCCCCAGCUCUGCUCACUUCUGCCCUGCCUACUCUUUGGACAACCCUGCUUUCACCUGGGAUGAGACCUGCGCCAGUUACCUUGCAGAGAACACAAGGAACCAAAGGUCAGAGGACAGCUCUGAUGAGCCAGAAGAACUGCUGGAAGACCCCUGCGAAGACUUGUCACCUCCUCGUUACGAGGAAAUAUUCCCACUGUCUUCGUAAAGUAGCUACUGACCACAGACCCUACUUCUGAGAGACACCAGCUUCUUCAUCCUUACAAAUCUUUUCUUCAGCAUCUGCAUGAUACACAGGUGUGAGCAGAAUUUUGGUACUGAAAUGAGCUUUAGUAUCACAAAAAAUAUUUAACCAACCCCUUCUUUUUGUUCCUCAUGCUAUUUUCUCCCUUGCUUUGCAGUUUGAUAGCAAAACCUAUUAAACUCAAAGACCUACAUUCAUUCAAAUUUUUUCCCAACAAGCGUCCUGAAUUCAGACUUGCUGAAGCAGUGGGAACAGUGAACGCACAAGAUGUCAUGAUUACUCCUGGACUUCCAGCAUCACUAGAAAACAUUUGAUUUAUUCUCAGUGUAUUUUGCUUCUUGAUUGGUUGGGAAACUUCAGAAGUGCCCAAACAUCUGAUCUACAGAAGCACCCAUAAUGUCCUCAUUCAGCCUGAUUCCUUAGAAUAGCUCACUCGCGAGCAAGUCCAGUACACAGGUUUGACUCCCUCUGCUUUGACCCAGUCCCAUAGGUACUUUCAGAGCACCCCAUUGAAUCAGAGCAUCGCAGAUGGCAGAAAAAGACCCGGUGUGCAUCACACUCAGUUCCUUUCCUUGCCAAUGGGGCACAAAGCACUGUCUCCCACUACAAGUCCCUGUGAUGGGUAGGUUAACACCACAAAAGCAAAAGGCACUGUUCUGGAUCCUUGGCAGAAAUAUGUGAUCCUGUCAGUACUAAAGGUGUUAGCAGUGAGUGCUGUGACCUAUAGCAGGCCCCUCUGCAGGAGUCUCCUCAUAGAUGGCUCUGAAGCACGCAGCUUGGGCUGAGCUUCUCUCAGAGCAACACAGCAGCUACAUGCUGCAGUGGACUUUGUUUGAGUUCAACUUGCAGCAUUGACACAGUGCCAGGCAUUGUGUCUACAGAUGGAUCAAUAUCCAGAUCUAACAGUGAAUGGAGGUUUGGAAACAACAGAAUUUGCAGUUCAGUGUGGAAGUCCUGAAAAGCUCUGCUCAGGAGCAGUCUAAUCCCCAGGGCAAUGAGAAUUGUCUGCACAGCCUCACUAGUGAUGACAAGACAUAUCUCUGAAGGGAGAGGUGCAUCCAGAACAUUGUCAACCUACAUGAAGCUUCAGGCAUACUCCUGCCUCCUGGUCCUGCCUGUUCUGAGCAUGCCAAGAGAUGAUUAGGUUAGAUAUUAGGUGGAAAUUCUUAACUCGGAGAAAAGUGAGGCACUGGCACAGGCUGCUCAGAGAAGCUGUGGUGCCCCAUCCCUGGAGGCACUCAGGGCCACGCUUGAUGGGCUCUGGGCAGCCUGA